AUGAACCCCUUUCAGCUCUCUCCUGAGCUAUGGAGAUUCGCCCUUCUUCUCGCCGUUCUCAUUUACUAUAAAACAGCGUACAAGCUGGUUGCAAAGUUCAUGGACUGUGUUACUUCGACCUCGUCGAAGCCACAAUCAAAUCCGCAGCUGAAAGCAUCAAAUUCAAGCAAGCUUUCUACCUCUCCCCAAAUGUCCUCAUUUCAUCGUCGAUUUCUCUCUCCGGCGUCCAACUCGACCUCCGAAAAUAUGACUACUAUGGAGCCAACGGACAAGCUGCCACCAAGCAAGAAUGAAGCGGCUCGUUCUGCAAAACGUUUCCUUCUCUCCAAUAUCCGCGAUGAUUGGACCUAUCCUUUGUCAGAGCCUCAGACCUCUCAGGAGCCCACAUAUCGAGAGCCUCUAGACUAUCGAAUACGCGAAGAGGGCUCGUCAGAUCCGGAGCCCCUCUCUGAUGAGCCCCAUGAUGCACGCGACCCUAUGGUCUUCACGGAUUCAGACCCCUACAAAUUUGAAAAUCCUGAUGCAAUUGCGAGGACGAUAAUUCAGAGAAAGCGGAAACGGCGGAGGUUGUUCAAAGAGGAGCUCGGAUGGAAUGAUGGCUUGAGAACAUGGGUGGACCGCAGGAAUGCAUGGUGUGGUGCUGUUGAAAAAAGACCAAGAAAAGUAAAGGGACGAAUCCCCAAUCAUGAAGAGAAUGGUUGCAGUGUCUCGACUGCAACUAAUUCUUCAAUGCCGCUCUCACCAGUUUCCCAGGUUUCUGCAACGUCAUCCUCUCCGGUGCAUUCCGCCUCGGAUUCUGAGGACAACCGCGACACCGAUCGCCCAGAUGAGGGUCAAGGGCCAUUACUUCCUAUAUACCCAUCGUUGCUACCAGAGGACAACAUAAUCCGUUCCUCCAUCAAACCAACCAUGUACCCAGCUAUCUAUAGCAAGGUCGUGUUGCAGAGCCUCACUCCUACGGUACCUGUCCACCUCCCUGACAUGAUAGGGGCUCUUGUGCUGGGGUGGAAAUCUGAAGGCAACUGGCCUCCUAAGAGCGCUGUUCCAACAACAUCCAUAAUCCAAGAAGGCGGCAGACGUGCAUCGGAGCUGUUGAAAUUCCGCCGACGUGAAAACGUUGUCGCAGAGAAAGGACGAAUGCGGAAGGGCGUAGGGGCUGUGAAAAAAGCUCUAGGGCUAAGGACCUCGAGCGGUGAAACAAAUGGAGGAGAUCUGAGGUUUGAAGAUGAAGGCAGCAGACGAAACAGUAACCCGGACAAGUCCGGUUUGGUCGAUGGAGAUACGCCAGCCCCAGAUUGA